AUAAAUGUAUUGAUCAAACAAAUAUUCAGAAAUAAUUAUGCUGCUAAUUAUGGCACAUUACUGUCAAUUGUAAAUGUCAGGAAAUUGUAUAAAACGACCAGGAUUUAUACAAGUUCACUGCAGUUAGGAACAAUGCUUUUCAAAGGGCUUUUUCUAGCAUUGAUCGCAGGUGAGUGUAUAUCUGUGACAUGGGCUGCAAAACGUGUAGAUGCUCACUUACGGGCUAGAGAGACAAUGAACAGACGUAGAAGUCAGGAGGAGACCCUUCAACGGAGAGAUGAAACUUCACUAGACACUACCGAAUUGUUUCAACUUUCUCAAGGUGAAUCGCUUACGGAUGUGCUUGAAUCUGACGAUGCCAUUGGAACCACUGUAGAACGUCUUGAAGAAACUUACAAUGGUAUACCAGUUUAUGACGCGGUCGUAACUGUUCGAAAAACGAAAAAUGGACAGCUGACAGGCGAUGCAUCAGGUAUUCUGAUACAAGAAAUAGAUAAAGAUUUAGAAGACACAGAGGCCAAACUUUCCGAUAUAGAAACUCUUCAUAUAGCAUCAAAAGCGGAGGGUGAUGAUUUAGCUGAUAUAAGUGGAAGUAAGUUUAGAAGAAUAAUAUUUACGGAUUCAAAUAACAGAGCCAGGUUAGCCAAUGUUGUUAGCUAUUUGGUGGAUGGUGUGAAACGUCCAAUUUAUAUAAUUGAUGUUAAAAAUGGAGAAAUUUUAAAAAAUUGGCAAGGUUUUACCACAUAUCCAUGUUGUGAAAGGAAGUAUAAAGCCUGGGGUGGAAAUGAGAAGAAAGGUCUAUUAACAUACGGUGAUAUGCCUUAUUGUCUUACUCCCACAAUCAUCAAUAGGACAUGCUAUCUUGAAAAUGAUUAUGUACGUGUUGUAGAUAUGCAGAACACAAUGUUUGAGAAUAUAACUGAAACUGCUAGUUUUGAAUGCGAAAAGGGAUAUGGUGACAACGUUAACGGUGCCUAUUCACCUGCAAUUGACGCAUUCUUUUAUGGAACAGUCGUCGGAAAGAUGUUUGAAGAAUGGUUUACCUCAACUCCACUUAAAAGCAAAGUUGUUCUUCGAGUUCAUUAUGGCGAUCUCUAUCAAAAUGCGUUUUGGAACGGUGAAAAUACAACAUUUGGUGAUGGCGGUUUCAUGAUGUAUCCGCUUACGUCUCUUGAUGUUGUAAGUCAUGAAGUUGGACAUGGCGUAACCGAACAAGGCUCUAAUCUUGAAUAUAGAGGGGAAUCAGGUGGUAUAAAUGAAGCCUUUUCAGAUAUAAUGGGCGAAGCAGCAGAGGACUAUCUACUAAAUGCUGACUUUGUCACUGGUUUCUCUAUAAUGAAGAGUUUACCAUAUUUACGAGAGUUCGAAAGACCAGAAAAAGACAAUAUGUCAAUCAGUAAUGUUGAUGACAUGACCGAACACGAAGACCCCCAUUUCAGCAGUGGUGUCUACCGGAGAGUGUGGUGGGUCCUUAUCAAAGACGAAGGUGUACCUAUUCGUGAUGCUGCAGGUGUGUUCUUGUAUGCUAACAGAAUGUACUGGCACAGCACAGCAUCAUUUUACGAUUGCUCAUGUGGUACAUUAAAAGCGGCAUUAGAUCUUGGCCAUGAUACUGCUCCAUAUAGGAGGGCGUUCAAAGAUGUUGGACUGGAAGAUUGUGACAUCAGUACUCACGUUUUUGGCUUGAACAAUAACGUCACGCAAACCGGCAUUCAUGUGAGCGCUACAGUUGAACCCGUUUUCAAAAUGGAAACACCGGAGUGGGCUGAAACUCUUAUUGUUGAUGUCUCCGAAAGCUCGCUGAAACGAGACGUCAGUAUAGAUAACGGUGCAAACAUCCUGAUAACCGUAAUGACAAACGGUUGGGAAAAUACUGGUGAUGAGUGCGACAGUGCUGUUAUUGUUACUAGUGGUAUUAACAGAGUCUUUGUUGAUGACGCUGCAGACGAAAAAUAUUUUUUCAGAUUAUCCCUUUCAAAUGACACUUUCAUCUUCCCCGAGGUCGUCAACAAUUCCUCAAUCUACUUCAACACAACACUUGAUUACAGUUCCUACUUAGUCGAUCUCACAGUCGGCUAUACUUGCAAACAGAACUUUACAUCGGAUUACAUGGGAACAUGGAUGUACAAUAUGGAUUGUGACAUGUAGCUCAGAUACAUUUCUAGCAUUAAAGCUUGAAUACAACGAAAUCUUGCAAUUUAUAGCAAUCCUGACUAAAAAAUGAUUAUAAAGAAACAAUAUAGACUUUACUUUCCUUAUAUGAAUAUGCAAAUAUAUAAACAAUAGCAAGUCAAUA